AUGAACAGAAUCUUUGGAUAUGGCGGGCGCAAGAACCACGAGCAGCUUUUGCAGGACUCCAACAAGGCCAUGAACGAGGCACAGCAGUCCAUGCAACAACGUAUUUCGGGCAUUGACACUCAGAUUUCACAACUAAACGUGCAAUUGCAAGCUAUACAACGGAAGAUCUCAUCAACCAAAUCUGCAGCGGGCCAGAAGCCUUUACGGCAGCGCGCCCUAAAGCUGCUCAAUAAGCGCAAGCAGCUGGAAGGAAUGAGAGACUCCUUGGACUCACAGUCGUGGUCCAUGAACCAGGCUCAAAUGACUAGCGACAACCUCAGGAACACAAUGGUGACUGUCAACGCCCUCAAGCAAACCAAUAAAGCUCUGAAAGCUCAGUAUGGCAAGAUCAACGUUGACAAACUCCAAGACAUGCAGGACGAGAUGCUCGACCUUGUGGAACAAGGUGAGGAGCUCCAGCAAGUGCUAGCAAUGGGCAGUGGCGCCCAAGACUUCGACGACAUCAGCGAGACCGAGCUCGAUGCAGAGCUGGAGGCUCUUGGGGAUGACCAGCUCUACGGAGAAAUGAACUUAGAGGGCGACACCGCAGGUGAAAUCCCCUCCUACCUAAGCGGGACGGUACCUCAGUUCGUGGAUGAAGAGCCCCUAUCGGAGGCAGAGGGCAAGCUGGAGACUGCUACGUAG